ACCUAGUGUGGCCUUACAGCUCAGCUCUGUUCCUACCACCUAGUAUGGCCUUACAGCUCAGCUCUGUUCCUACCACCUAGUAUGGCCUUACAGCUCAGCUCUGUUCCUACCACCUAGUAUGGCCUUACAGCUCAGCUCUGUUCCUACCACCUAGUAUGGCCUUUCAGCUCAGCUCUGUUCCUACCACCUAGUAUGGCCUUUCAGCUCAGCUCUGUUCCUACCACCUAGUAUGGCCUUACAGCUCAGCUCUGUUCCUACCACCUAGUAUGGCCUUACAGCUCAGCUCUGUUCCUACCACCUAGUAUGGCCUUUCAGCUCAGCUCUGUUCCUACCACCUAGUGUGGCCUUACAGCUCAGCUCUGUUCCUACCACCUAGUGUGGCCUUUCAGCUCAGCUCUGCUCCGUCUCCUACCAGUGCGCAAAGGCCCGGUGCCUCGCGGCUCUGCCUGCACCCAUGGCCCAUGGCCAUUGCGGACGAGGUCCAAGUCCACCGGCUGAAGAGCUACAGUUGGGCGCUCUUUCAGUGCGCUGCUCGCGUCAACACUAACCGUCGCUACGGGCUGUCAGGCACAGUCAUGCAGAACGACUUUAGGGAGCUCUGGAGCGUGCUGCAGUGGGUGAAGCCGGGGUUCCUUGGGUCCCUGAAGGAGUUCAAUGAGCGAUACAGCGACCCGCUCAGACUGGGUCAGCGCAAGGCGGCUCCCCAGCCCUUGGUGGCUAAAGCGCAGGCUCGGCAGGCGGAGCUGGUUCGGGCGCUGGCUCGGGUGCUGCUUCGGCGGCACAAGGACGAGCUUGGGGGCGUGUUGAAGCUUCCUGGAAAGCGUGACAUGAUAGUGGUGUGUCCGAUGACGUCACUCCAGAGGAGGGUGUACCAGCGGUGCCUGCGACUACCCGACUUUCAGCUGCUCUCUAGAAAGGAUGAGCCGUGCAGUUGCGGCGGGCCAAGGAAGCGCAGCGAGUGCCACCACAGGGGGGACGGGGGCGAGGAGAGGGGAGGGGGAGGGGUGCUCUGGUCGUCCCUUCACCCUGACGGGCUCUGCUGCCCGCGCUGCCCCUUCUGCGUGCUCUUCCCGUGCCUAACGAAAUUGCAGCAGAUCAGCAACCAUUUGGAGCUUCUGAAACCGAAUCCCAGGGACCCGCCAGACAAGCAAGUGCGGGAUCUCGCAUUUGCCAGGCUGGCGCUGGCCGGCGACGCUGACCUGGCUGGCGGCGUGCGGGCGGCGAGUAAUCUGCUGACGCUUGGCAGCAGCGAGCACUGCGGGAAGCUGAGGGCACUGGAGCGGCUGCUGAGGCAGUGGUGUGGAAGAGGGGAUAAGGUGCUGCUGUUCAGCCACUCGGUCAAAAUGCUGGAUGUGCUACAACGCUUCUUGGAGGCCAGGGGGGUCUCUUUCUCUCGCCUCGACGGCUCUACUUCCACCACCACACGACAGGCGCUUGUGCAUGGCUUCAACUCCAGCCCCUCCAAGCAGGUGUGGAGUCUAUUUGUGCUUCUCAUCUCCACCAAGGCGGGCGGCAUUGGCCUCAACCUAGUCAGCGCCAACCGAGUCAUUAUCUUCGAUCCCACGUGGAACCCGGCUCACGACCUACAGGCUCAGGACCGGUCGUUCAGAUUCGGCCAGACGCGACACGUGUCGGUGUACCGGCUGGUGGCGGGCGGCACAGUGGAGGAGGUGGUGUAUCUGCGGCAGGUGUACAAGCAGCAGCAGACCAACAUCGCGAUCGAGGGGGCCACAGAGCACAGAUACUUCAGUGGGGUACAGGGCUCCAAGGCCCACCAAGGGGAGCUGUUUGGAGUGGCAAACCUGUUUCAAGACCACAGCGAGAGCAUUCUGUCGGCUGAGAUCAUUGGCAGGGAGACGAGGCAGCAGCAGCAGCAGCAGCAGCAGCAGCAGCAGCAGCAGCAGCAGCAGCAGCAGGAGCAGGAGGAGGAGAGGAGAAAGCAGCAGCACGAAGCACUGCUUAUUGUGCAGGUGCCUCGUGCCAUGGCACCUGAAAGACCUGGCCAGUCACCUGAAGCACCUGAAGCCUCAGGUGGAGAGCACAGGCAGGAUGGCACAGGAGGUGCAGGUGCAGGAGGAGGUAGAAUAGCAGGGGCGGGUGAGAAGUACCCCUCUGGGAAGAAAAAGGCUGCGCAGGAGAUGAAUGUGACAAGCGGUAGAGGCAAGGGGAGGAGGCUGGACGAUGAGGACAAUGGAGUGGGUGUGCUGGCCCAGAUAGUGUUAGCGAGGGAGGUGCCGGGAGCUCGGAAGCAGGAGAUACCUGGACAUGCCUUGGAAUCUGGACAUGCCUUGGGCUGUGGACAUGCCUUGGGCCAUGCACAUGCCAUGGGUUCAAUACCUGAUGAGCUUCUUGAUGCUGGCGUGGCAUACACCCAUGUGAAUGAUGACGUUAUCAGGGGUCACCAUGGUGCGAGGACUAGCACUCCAUUGGCCCCUUUGGCCCCACCACCGCUCGCCCGUCCAAGUACCCCCCCUCGUCCUCUUCCCCCCCGCCCUCCCCUUGUGAGUACAAGGGGAAAGGGGAAAAAGGAUCAGACUACAGGGUCAAUGGAGAGGACAGGUAUGAGGGAGAGAGCUGGGGGGGAGAGUAGUAAGGUUGAGGAGAAAGGUGCAAGGAGAGGGAAGCGGAAGGCAAGUGUGCAACAGAAGGGGUCAAAACCCCUGAAAAGGACUAGUGAGAGUGGGGAAGAGGCUCGGACGGAGCAGCAUUUGUUGCAGCAGCAGCAGCAAGGGGGGCUAGAGCAACGGAAGCAGCAACAAGCAGCGCCGACUUCCAAGGCGGAAGUGUUUGCACGCAUGGCUGCUUGGGCUGGGGAACCAAGCGUAGAGGAAUUCUCGAAUAGAAUAUUCCAGAUGGGUUGUCAAGAGCGAUUAGCCAAGCUAGCUGAAUUCAAGGCAUGGGAUGUUGCUACUAGUAAAAAAUGUAAGUGAUUUGUAUACAAGUUGCAUUGGGGCUAGU